AUUUAAUUAUUUAAAUUUUUUUAGCAAAAUGGCGGUGGAACGUCUCUCCGACAUCGAUAACAUCCUAUCGAUCGUGGGCGAUUUUGGCCGAUCUCAAAUCAUACUUCUGCUAUUAUUUUGCUACAUAAACGUUUUGUCGGCAUUUCACUAUUUCGGCCAGACCAUCAUCAGCGUGAUACCCUCUUAUAAAUGCAACUACGAUGGUGCGUUGAAAAACGAUAGCUACCUGAUCGUCGUCGAACAAUGCAAAGCUCUCGUGUGGGAAAACGAUGAGGCCGUGGAAAAAAAUUGCGAUGCCUAUACGUACGACACCAAGAAUAUCAUGGGAUUCACCGGAAUCAUACAGGAUAUGGACUGGGUGUGUAACAAUGACUGGAAGGCACCAGUGGGUCAAUCCCUAUUCUUCAUUGGUUCCGUACUGGGUACGUUAAUUUUUGGAUAUUUUUCGGAUAAAACUGGACGCGUCGUGGUUUUAAUUUUUGCCAAUAUGUUGGUUGUAUUGGGCACUUUAGUAACUUUGGCAUCCAAUAAUCUUCUGAUUUUUUCCGCCGGAAGAUUUUUGGCAGGAGCUGCGACAGACACAAAUUUCGUGAUGAUGUAUAUUAUUGUUUUAGAAUAUAUUAGGCCAUCGUUACGAACACUAGGUUUGAACUUAUGCAUAGGUAUUUUUUAUACCCUGGCUUGCAUGUGUGUACCUUGGAUAGCAGUGGCAUUGAAGUCAUGGAAAUUAUUUUUGAUUUUCGUGGCAACCCCACACAUGUUGGUGUUAUUAUUUUACUACGUAGUGCCAGAAAGUGCGCAAUGGUUAAUGAGCAAGGGAAAAAUUGAAAAAGCCAUCGAGUGCUACAAAAGAAUAGCCAAAAGUAAUGGGAAAACUUUAAGUGACGACGUCAUAUCUUCGAUAAAAAGUUAUGGAAGUAAUAUGCCUAGAAAUCAGAAGCAGGAGAAUUUUCUCGGACUGCUAAGGACUCCAAAUUUAAGGAGGAAAACGUUAAUACUUAUUUUUAAGUCCAUGGUGAUGACAUUAUGCUAUGAUACAAUCUCAAGGAACAUAAAUGGUCUUGGUUACUCCCCCUUCAUUAUAUUUUCGAUGAGUUCCUCGACGAUUUUACCAUCGUGCCUUCUGAUAACUUCGAUACAAGACAAAAUCGGCAGGAAGGCUUUAGCAAGCGGGUUUCUAUUUAUCAGCGCCAUUUGCACAUCGGCCUCCGGUUUAGUUCAAAGUUUGACGGCGAAGCCCGGGGCCCCUUUGAUUUUGGUUCUGGCCAUACUGGCCAGAUUGUCGAUAAAUAUAACGUACAACUCCGGGGCUCAGUACGCGGUGGAACUUAUACCAACCGUCGUCAGAGGUCAGGGUGUUUCCUUCGUUCACGUAGCCGGCUACGCGGCUACGUUCUUCAGUCCGCAUAUUUUGUACAUGGCCGAGUUCUGGAAACCCGCCCCCGAGAUCAUUUUGGCCGUGCUGCUUGUUUGCGGCGCCAUUGCUUGUUUAUUCUUGCCCGAAACUUUGAACAGAACUCUGCCUGUUUCGCUGGACGAUGGAGAGAAAUUCGGGGAAGAUGAGCAGUUCUUCGAUUUUAUAUUUUGCGGGGGGUCGAUUACUGAAAGCACCAUCCAGUUAAACCCAGGGGGCCAACUAAACUCGUACAUGUAG